CCACUCCACAGGCCCAUUUCUGAAAGCCAUAACUUGCGACGUUCAUCCAUCAUGGAAACAAUAUAUUGAGGCUUGCGUUGAUGAUCAAGUCUUGAAUGAGGGCUCUAGAAUGCCGAAUCUCCCCAACGAAGUGUGGGUGCAAAUAUUUGGGUAUUUCGAAUACCCAUUCGAAGCCAAAAGUGAUCAACCCGCCCACGAACCUCGAACCGUCCAUGAGCCAUGGAGAGAAGGCCUCAGAGUGUUGGCACGGUGCUGCAGAGUCUCUGCCAGAUUUCUGGGACUCGCGCGACCAGUUCUAUACCGACGCUUGCCCUUGGAAGAAGAGGAAAUCCGCCUAUCCAGCCUCCUGCGCACGCUUGCGGAGCGUCCGCUGCUUGCACAAUAUGUCGAAUGUAUUAUGCAAGACAAUCGUCACGGUCUUUCGCUGAAAGCUUUCCGCUCUCUCGUCGGGCAAUACUACGACACCCCGCCCAAUCUCAGCAGAAGCCAACGCCAUAAUAAGAGAAUCCGAUACACGGGGCCACCACCGAGCCUAUCGAGCCUCGAAGGCUUCGAAGCGGAGGUCAGAUGCCCAUCUUAUUCUUCGCGACGACAAGGCGGGUCGGAAAUGUGGCAUGCCCAUUGCGCCGGUCUCAUGCCAAACCUGAAGGUGUUUAACUGCUUGAUCACGGCCAAGGACAAAUUCAUCCCUGCCAUGAUUCGACAAGCAGCUGACAUCGGGGCGGUGAGAGCCGUCGAGGACGCUAAAGACCCGCACAAGGAAUCCCAGGAGACCGGUCUGGCACGAAUAUACCAGCAAGACUCGGGUCCGACAUUAGGUGUGCCGCUUCCGCUGGCAAAGCUUGAAGAGCUCGCCGUUAGCCAUCACCGCCCUACUAGAAUGCCGACUGCAGCGGUGUCCUUGGAGAAAUUCCAGGAUUUAUUUUUUCUGCCCCGUUUGAUAAGAUUCUAUGGCCACGGCGUCACCCUGAACAAUACCCCGGCGAAGGAUGACCAGACCUCUGAGCAGCAGCGUCCUCGUCGAGUGAGUUCUCUGGCGUAUGUUCACCUCAGAUCGUCUUUCGCGGACGCCCAGAGCAUCUGCAAUCUCCCUGCGUACGUGUCCCUCCUUACGGACGCUUAAAAUAUCGUGGGGACAACACGCGAUUGGCGACAGCUACCUCGACUUUGAUGAGAUCGGUAGAGCGUUGCGUGAGCACGGGGCCUCCCUCGAGGCUCUAGAUCUUUACCCCAACGCGUGUCACUCGUACCAAUCUAAUAAUUGGAGAGGAAAAAUUGGCAGUCUACGACCCCUGCAGCUUCUCACUUACCUGGCGAUGAGUGGAAAUAUACUACUCGGGAAAGAAAGGAACGAGCACGAGG